CCCCCUUAUCAGAGGAGUAGAAACAACAAGCCGCCAUUUUGUUUGUACGGACAGACCGAGAGAGGCUGGAGAUACCGAGGACGAAAGCGACUUCAACGCCGAUAACAGCGACUCCAAGAGCCGCAAGUGAAAGAGUGGCAGCGUCGUUUCGGACGAAGAGGAAAAUAAGGAAUAGGACAAAUAAAAGAUGAGACUGGAGAAGAACAAGGGAGUGAAAAAAGAAAUUUCUCUUUGAAAAUCCAAGGAAGGGGGUGUUUUUACGGAGUGGAGAGGCGGAAGAAGGCAAUAUAACUAGCAAUUUCAACGAAGAAAAACCUGCGAGUAAAAGAAAAAAUAGAUCAUGGGGAAAAACAAUAAUGUACCCAUCGCCGCAGAUAAAAAAUGCCCGCAUAGACAAUUAUAACGAUACAUUUAUUUGGGGUAUUUGAGUGGGGAGAGAAAAGACAGGUUUAAAGGAAAAUAUAAAUUAGGAUAAACGCAAAGAGGGGUAUUUACCAUUACAAAGCCUCAAUCAAUGAAAGGAUUUUGUGGACCCCAAAAAUGUUGGGGGUGUUGCUAUCAUUUUAUGGACGAAGGUUGCCACUUCUAAAAUAGCCAUAAUGUAGCGACCCCCCCAAACAAAUCGCUUUAUCAGAAUUUCGCUCAAUGUUGUAUUCUCUUGUUCUUGCUCGGAAUUUUUCUUCACUUGUGUUGCAACCUUAAUCAGCAUAUGCCGUGAGAUUGAUAAUAUAGUGCAACAUUUAUAAACCAAUUAUUUUUUAUCAACUGUGAUCGAUUGCAGCAGGCUAUGUUCUUACAUUUUAACCCAAGAAAUGUCUUGUCAAACACUUCGCAAGUAACCUAUGGUACGAAAACCCAAUGCAAAAAAGAACUAACGACUAAUUGGAUCUGAUAGCCAUUUAUUUGCAUGCUCUGGGUUAUAACUCAAGAAACAUCUAAUUUCACAAUGUAUGUGAAAUUAUUUUUCCGUUUGAAGACCAAUUGCUUAAACCGUUCUUGCUACAAUUUUCAACCUCCUUGCCUGCAAUUGAAAUAAUCGCGUUAAGGGGUGCAACAUCAAAAUAUGCAUGGACAUUGUCCGUUAUUUUUUCAAAUUCAAUGCCUUGUAUUGGCAACCUAAAAAACAAUGACACGAUGUAGCCUAGAAUAGAUGCAAAUGGAAAUGUAUCAUUUUAAAUGCAUCUAAUACAUUUCUCGAAUAAAGCCCUUACAAAGCUUCAGGUGUAUGGUCUACAGCCCACAGAAGUAGCCUACUGAACUGCACUUCCAUGUAUUUAUCUAAAGGACAAUGCAAAUGGUUUACAGUGUUACAUUUAUAAAUGCAUAUUAAACCACUAUCAAUCAUUGGGAAAGGGUAUGUCGGUUUUAUAUACCAGAACAUAGUUAAGGCUUUCAAAUUAUUGUUUCUUGACGAUCCCAAUUUACGUGGAUAUAUAUGUAUUUUUUUAUUUUGAUAUGUCACUCUCGGACACUUAUCAGUAUUAUUUUUAUUCGACUAAGGACCUACCACCAGAAUUCUUAUCUGACCACUCAAUAUUUAUUAUUCAUGUUGGGAACAAAUUGCAUUGACUACAAUUUCAAUUCGACCCAAGUUGAAGAUGUAUCCGUUCUCGGAUCUCUGGUAACUGUUGCAUGAGACAAGGUCCCCAAAAGUACCACUGGGGUACGUUUUGGUUGCGUUAUCGCAUUUCCCAUCUUGCUUCCCUUGCCCGCGACCCCUCAACGAAGCGCUCUAGAAUUUAACACUCGAUUUCACCUUCGCCUAUGGCGGAAAAGACUGAUGCUGCCAUGGAGGACAGGUCUUGGGACAAUGUCUCCGUUACCGAAGAGGCUAAAUGAGGUUGUGGAAGGCCUGCUUGCUUGUCUUUUUCAUCGACUUCACCUCCCCCCUCCUUCUAAACUCGGAGAAAUCUAUAAAGGAACAAAGUCUUAGACAGGGGAGGGGGAUUAAUACCUACGGAUAAGCAUAAAUCGAGAGUGCAACACUGAAAGGAAGAGUGUAACGGUAUCGCAGUUGCCUAUUUUCCCCCUACCGUCCCAAACGGUGGGGGAAGAAUAAAAAACAUUAACUGAAAGCAAGUUUGACAGUACUGGAGAAGGACGGAAACAAGGGAAUAAGCCAAUCCUUUGUGGACAUAUAUACCUUUUUAAUUCGUGAAAAAAUAUGGCCGAUAAUGUUCUGGACUCCGGCCCGCCUUCAGCCAAGAGGCCUAAACUAUCAUCCCCGGCUCUCUCAGUCUCCGCCAGUGAUGGAAACGAUUUCGGUUCACUAUUUGACCUGGAGCACGACCUCCCCGAUGAGCUUAUCAACUCUUCUGAGCUGGGCCUGGUCAACGGAGGGGACCUCAGCCAGCUGCACACCAGCCUGGGAGGAGGUCAGGACGCCGCUGCCAAACACAAACAGCUCUCGGAGCUUCUUCGGGCCGGAGCACAGCCCCCUUCGGGCCAGCAGGGAGCCAACAACAGCCCAGGAGGCACCAUGGGCCUCCUGGGCAGCAUGAACACCUCUCCAGGGGCCCAGGGAAUGGGCCCCCAGGGGCAGCACUCCUCGCCCCAGCAGGCUGGAAUGAUGCAGCAGGCUGGCGUGGUGGGCGGACUAAACAGGACCAUGAUUGGAGCCCAGAAGGGCAACGGACAGCAGCAGGGGCCCUCGCCCCAGGGCAUGAUGGGGGGCCAGGUGAUGAAUGGCUCACCCCGAAUUGGUUACCCAGGCAACCAGGGGAUGGGAAAUAACAGUAACCUACUGGCAGAGACCCUGCAGCAGGGUGGGCAGCAGAUGGGGACAGGGGGACAGGCCGGGAUGAGGCCACAACAACCUGGAGCACUGAACAAGAUGAAUAUGAUGGUCAAUGCGGGCCCCUGUGGUGGUCCGUACGGUCCGCCUGCAGGCCAGGGUCUUGGUGGUGCCGGGCUGGGCCCACAGCUCCAGAACAAGGCUGGUAUGGCCGGCAGCCUGGCCCAGUUUAACGUGGACAAGAAGGCACCGCCUGUGCAGGGAGUUCAUGGCAUGGCUGGAAUGGCCUCCCAGCAGGCCUCGGCGGUGGGGUCGGUUUCGGUGGGCGGUGCCCUGGGCGGUGCUGGGGCCCAGGCUGGCCUUGGCGCCGGGCAGGCGCCACCCACCGCCGAUCCGGAGAAGCGCAAGCUAAUCCAGCAGCAGCUGGUGCUCCUGCUCCACGCCCACAAGUGCCAGCGGCGGGAGCAGACCAAGGGCGAGGUGCGCCAGUGCAACCUGCCCCACUGUCGCACCAUGAAGAACGUGCUGAACCACAUGACCCACUGCCAGGCCGGCAAGUCCUGCCAGGUGGCGCACUGUGCCUCGUCGCGACAGAUCAUCUCUCACUGGAAGAACUGCACUCGGCACGACUGUCCCGUCUGCCUGCCCCUCAAGAACGCCGGGGACAAAAGAAACCAGCAGUCUCUACUAAGCAGUGCCGGCGUUGGCCUGGGCAACUCUCUAGGGGCAGUGCCGGGGGGUCAGCCAAGCACCCCUAACCUUAACCCGCCCAGCCAAAUCGACCCCAGCUCCAUCGAGAGGGCCUACGCUGCUCUGGGCCUCACUUACCAGGGCAACCAGAUGCCUCAACAGCCUCCACAGUCCAACCCAGGCAUGCUGGGCCAGCCUGGCAUAAGGUUGCUGAAAGCCAUGGGGGGGAACCCCAUGGGUAUGAAUGGAGGAGUGGGGGUGCAGCCCUCCAAUCAGUCCAACCUGCUACCGGAUGGCAUGCUGCACAACAAUGUGAACGCACAGAGUUUGAUGAAUGAUGGCGGCGGGCUGGGAAACCUUGGCUCCAUGCCUACGGCAACACCGCCCUCGGUUGCGGGCAUGAGAAAGAACUGGCACGAGGACAUCACCCAAGACCUGCGCAACCACCUCGUCCACAAGCUGGUGAGCAGUGUUCAGGCGAUCUUCCCCACCCCGGACCCGGCUGCGCUGAAGGACCGGCGGAUGGAAAACCUGGUCGCCUACGCUCGUAAAGUAGAGGGGGACAUGUACGAGUCAGCCAACAGCAGGGCGGAGUACUACCACCUCCUGGCUGAGAAGAUAUAUAAGAUCCAGAAAGAGCUUGAGGAGAAGAGGCGCACACGGUUACAGAAGCAGGGCAUGAUGCCCACACAGCCGGGCAUGCCCCCAUCAGGCCUGCCACAGGGACCCCCUGGCAUGGGCCCCCCUGGCAUGGGCCCCCCUGGCAUGGGCCCAUCCCCCCUGUGCCCUGGACAGCCAACCAAUGGUCCUCAUGCUGACCCCUCCAUGGUGCGCCCCACCGGACCCAAUCAGAUGGUGACCAGGAUGCAGAAUCCUGCAGGGAUGAAUCAGUUUGGUCAAAUGGGCAUGCAGUCAUUAGGUCAGAGGGCAACUCCUCCCCUCCCACUUGGAGCACCCCUAAAUCAGCUGGGAAUAGGGCCAACACGAAUGGGGCAGUCCAACGUGGCCCAGCACCAGAACCAGUAUCUACCUCCUGGUCCGUUCCCUGGGUCCAGUCCUGGCCUCGGGCCUGGCCCAGUCAGCAUGAGUCAGCCUGGGCCACAAGGAGGCAUGACACAGCAAGCCCAGAUGCCCACCCCGCCCUCGCUCCAAGUCAGCAGCCCCGCUGCUCCGUCAGGCUCGGUGGCAGGGCCAGGAGCCACCCAGGGCCCCGUGGGGCCGGGCAGCGUGGGUGGAGGCCUUCCUUCCAGCCUGCCGCAGCCCAACUCCUCCCAGACAAACUUGCACCCUCACUGCCCGCCCGUCCGUCAAAACUCCCCAUCCCCGUCACGCAGCCUGACGCCGACCCCUCACCAGACUCCGCCGGGCUUGCCCAGGUCCCAAACCCCCCAGCCUCAAACGCCAAACCCGCCCCAGGUCGCCCCUCCGCCUACGCAGCAGCUGGUGUCGCGGCAGCCAACGGGACCAGGGAUUCACUCCGAGAAGACCAAUCAACUUCAGCAGCCAACGGAGGGAGGCGGAGCUUCUGGAGGCCCCCAAACCGGGCCGGCUCAGUCUGUGCUUACCCAGAAUGCCCAUGCGCCCCCCCAGCUUCCACAGACUCCGCUAUCUCAGAAGUCUUCUCUGACGGCCGACGGCCAGGCCUCUACUCCGGCCUCGGUAAGCAGUGUGGACCCCGGUUCGCAACUGACCCCGUCUGACGUCCACGCCCCCACUGAGACCAAGAUGGAGGCGAAACGGCUUGAUGACGAGGACCAGGGCGAGGGGAAGGACGGGAAAGCUUCUGGGAAGAUGGGCAAGGGACAGGCAGACAUCCAGUCAGAGGAGAAACCUGAGAUUAAAAUGGAGAAGCCUUCAGGCGACGGAUGCAAGGGUGAGCCAAUGGACACGUCCUUAACAACCCCGAAGACCGAGGACCGAGACAGGAAGCCUGAAGUCAAGAUUGAGCCGAAGGAGGAAGAGGAGGGAUCGGGCGCUCUGGGCACACAGAGCUCCCCUGCCAGCGCUCAGAACAAGAGGAAGAUCUUUAAACCUGAGGAGCUGCGUCAGACUCUAAUGCCCACCCUGGAGGCCUUGUAUCGCCAGGACCCUGAGUCUUUGCCAUUCCGCCAACCUGUGGACCCCCAGUUACUGGGAAUACCCGUACGUAUUCGAACUAGUAACAAAACUAACCUGGACUACUUUGACAUUGUGAAGAACCCCAUAGACCUGUCCACUAUAAAGCGUAAGCUGGACACGGGUCAGUACCAGGAGCCCUGGCAGUACGUGGAUGACAUCUGGCUCAUGUUCAACAACGCCUGGCUCUACAACCGGAAGACGUCCCGCGUCUACAAGUACUGCUCCAAGCUGGCCGAGGUGUUCGAGGCCGAGAUCGACCCGGUCAUGCAGGGCCUGGGCUACUGCUGCGGGAGGAAGCUUGAGUUUUCCCCCCAAACUCUCUGUUGCUAUGGGAAGCAGUUAUGCACCAUCCCGCGCGACGCUGCUUAUUUUAGCUACCAGAACAGUUCACCACAAUUUGGGCUUCUUGCUGACAGGUACCACUUCUGUGAGAAGUGUUUCAACGAAAUCCAGAGCGAGUGUGUGUCCCUGGGGGACGACCCCUCCCAGCCUCAGACGUCCAUCAGUAAAGACCAGUUUCAGAGGAAGAAAAACGACACCCUAGACCCUGAGUUGCUUGUGGAAUGUACCGACUGUGGUCGUAAAAUGCACCAGAUCUGUGUACUGCAUAAUGACACUAUAUGGCCAGCAGGCUUUGUAUGUGAUAACUGCCUUAAGAAGGCCAAUAAGACACGGAAAGAAAACAAAUACGCGGCCAAAAGUAAGUGGAGGCUCCCCCAAACCAAGCUGGGCAGCUUUCUGGAGGGGCGGGUAAAUGACUACCUCAGGCGGCAGAACCAUCCAGAGUCUGGUGACGUCACGAUCCGUGUGGUCCAUGUCUCUGAUAAGGUGGUGGAGGUCAAGCCGGGCAUGAAGUCCAGGUUUGUGGAUACCGGGGAGAUGUCGGAGUCCUUUCCCUACAGGACCAAAGCUCUGUUCGCGUUCGAGGACAUCGACGGCUCAGACGUGUGCUUCUUUGGCAUGCACGUGCAGGAGUAUGGCUCGGACAGUCCUCCGCCCAACCAGCGGCGUGUGUAUAUCUCUUACCUGGACAGUGUGCACUUCUUCCAGCCACGACACCUCCGCACAGGCGUCUACCACGAGAUCCUGAUUGGGUACCUGGAGUACGUCAAGAAACUGGGGUUCACAACAGGCCACAUCUGGGCCUGUCCUCCUAGUGAAGGGGACGACUACAUCUUCCACUGCCACCCGGUGGACCAGAAGAUCCCCAAGCCCAAGAGGCUUCAGGAGUGGUACAAGAAAAUGCUGGACAAGGCUGUGGCUGAGCGCAUUGUGCACGACUACAAGGACGUGUUUAAGCAGGCCACCGAGGACCGUCUGACCAGUGCCAAGGAGCUGCCCUACUUCGAGGGGGACUUCUGGCCCAACGUGCUGGAGGAGAGCAUCAAGGAACUGGAGCAGGAGGAGGAGGAGAGAAAGAGGGAGGAGAACAGCACCACCGGCGAGAGCAUGGAUGUGAGUGCCACAAAAGGUGACAGCAAGAAUGCCAAGAAGAAGAACAGUAAAAAGACAAGCAAGAACAAAAGCAGUAGCCUGAGCCGAGCCAAUAAGAAAAAACCUGGGAUGCCCAAUGUGUCCAAUGACCUCUCCCAGAAGCUCUACGCUACUAUGGAGAAACACAAGGAGGUGUUCUUUGUGAUCCGUCUCAUUGCCGCACCCACCGCCAACUCCCUGCCCCCCAUCACCGACCCGGACCCCCUGAUGGCCUGCGACCUGAUGGACGGGCGCGAUGCCUUCCUGACGCUGGCCAGGGACAAGCACUUAGAGUUCUCUUCCCUGAGAAGGGCCAAGUGGAGCUCCAUGUGCAUGCUGGUGGAGCUGCACAACCAGAGCCAGGACCGUUUCGUCUACACCUGCAACGAGUGCAAGAACCACGUGGAGACGCGCUUCCACUGCACCGUCUGCGAGGAUUACGACCUGUGCAUCACCUGCUACAAUGCCAAGGGCCACGAACACAAGAUGGAGAAGCUGGGUCUGGGCCUGGAUGACGAGAGCAACAGCGCGGCGGCCGCCGCCACUCAGAGCCCUGGGGACUCCCGGCGCCUCAGCAUCCAGCGCUGCAUCCAGUCCCUGGUCCACGCCUGCCAGUGCCGCAACGCCAACUGCUCCCUGCCGUCCUGCCAGAAGAUGAAGCGCGUGGUACAGCACACCAAGGGCUGCAAGAGGAAGACCAACGGCGGCUGCCCCAUCUGCAAGCAGCUGAUCGCCCUGUGCUGCUACCACGCCAAGCACUGCCAGGAGAACAAGUGCCCCGUGCCCUUCUGCCUGAACAUCAAGCACAAGCUCCGCCAGCAGCAGCUCCAGCACCGCCUCCAGCAGGCCCAGAUGCUGCGGAGAAGGAUGGCGAGCAUGCAGAGGGUGGGCCAGCCGCCUCCAGGGGGGCUGCCAUCCCCGGGGAACAACGGAACCACAGCGCCCAGUACCCCGACGUCAGGGGGCACCCAGCCUCUGACCCCACAGACGCCCACCCAGCCCAACGUGCCCGCCGGGCCCCAGCCGGGGAUGGCUGCUGGUGGUGGAGGGCCUCAGCAGCAGCCUCAGCAGCAGCAGCAGCAGCACCACCAGCUCCACCACCAGUUCCAACAGAUUCCUGGAGGUGGGGGGAUGAUCAACUCCCCCCAGCAGCCGCCGAUUGUUCCUCAAGUCCAGCAGCACCAGUCGCCGGCCUCAAAGCCCCAGCAGCUGCAGCAGCACGCCAACAGCCUUCCCCCCUACGCCAGCAGGCCCCCAGGCUCCUCGCCGCACCCCCAGUCCCAAGGCAAACCUGGCCUGGGUCCAGCCACACCGCCACAGCAGCACCCAAACCCUGGCCAAACCACCAUGCCCCAGCAGCAGCAGCAGGCGCCUCUUUCGGGGCCGCCCCCAGCGGCCGUGGAGAUCGCCAUGAAGAUUCAACAGGUGGCCGACGCCCAGAGGAAGAUGGCCCUGCAGAGGCAGGCGGCGCAGGCCGCUGGCAUGAUGCCGCCGCACCCUCACCACCAACAGCCUCCGGGCCCGAUGGGCUUGGCCCACCCGGGGGUGGGCAUGGUGGGGGCCCAGGGGCUGUCGCCCCAGGCUCAGGCCGCUGCCGCCAGGGCUCACAUGGAGCAGCAGCAGGGUCCUCCAGGCAUGAUGGUGGGACAUGGCCCCGUUCAGCAGCAGCCCCAGCAGCCAAACCCCCAGGGUCAGCUGCCUACCCAGGUGCAGCAGCAGAGGGUCGGCCCACCGCUUCAGAGCCCUCCGCAGCAGUGGGCCGGCCCGGGAAUGACACCCCAGCAGAGGCAAGCCAUGAUGGGACAGAUGGGUCACCCAGGCAUGGUGGCGGCUCAGCAGCAGCAGCAGCAGCAACAGCAGAUGCAACAGCGGCAGCAGGCUCCGGGCCCUGCUGGGUUGAUCGGUAUGGUGCAGCAAGGAGGCGUGCCCGGAGGCGUGCCCGGAGGCGUGCCCGGUGGCGGGAACCUCCCACAGGCGGCCCUUCAGGAGCUCCUGCGUACUCUCCGCUCCCCCAGCUCACCCCUGCAGCAGCAGCAGGUGCUUAACAUCCUCCGGUCGAACCCUCAGCUCAUGGCCGCUUUCAUCAAGCAGAGGGCCUCCAAGUACAAGGGGGGUCCCGGACCCCCAGGGGCCCCUGGGGGGCCCGGUCCAGCUGGAGUUCCAGGAGGUAUGGGUGGCCAACAGGUCAGCAUGAAUGCGGUGGCUGGUCAGCCAGGUAUGCAGAUGGGACAGGGAGUCAACAUGGCCCAGCUACAGCAAGUACAGCAGCAGCAGCUACAACAGCAGCAACAGCAUCAACAACAGCAGCAACAUCAACAACAUCAACAACAACAUCAACAACAACAUCAACAUCAACAACAACAUCAACAACAACAGCAACUUCAGCAGCAACAACAACAGCAACUUCAGCAGCAACAACAACAGCAACUUCAGCAGCAGCAACAACAGCAACUUCAGCAGCAACAACAGCAACUUCAACAACAACAGCAACUUCAACAACAACAGCAACUUCAACAGCAGCAGCAACUUCAACAGCAGCAGCAACUUCAACAGCAGCAGCGUCCAAUGCUCAGUAGUUUGCAGCAGCAACAGGUGGCAGCUCUUCAGCAGCAGCAAGGAGGUAUGCCAGGUCAGCAGGCUCCAAAUAUGGCCAACAUCAACCCCCAGUUCAGAGAGUUAUUUAUGAGGAGGCAUCUGCAACAACAACAGCAGCAGCAGCAGCAACAACAACAACAACAACAGCAGAUGGGCAACCAUGCCCAGUUCCAGCAGCCACAGCCCCCACAGCAGCAAGGCUACAUGGGCCAGCCGGGCAUAGCCUCCCAGCAGCCUGGUCAGGGCCAGUCUGUAGUGCCACAGCAACCUGGAGGCCAGCCGGGGCAGCAGGGUUAUCCAAGCACGGUGGCCCAACAGCAGGCUGUAGUGCUCCAGCAGAGGCUCCAGCAUCAGCACCAUCUCCAGAUGCAGCAGCAGCACCAGAACUCCAUGGCGGGCCUCCAGGGGUCAGAGGGGGGUACGGGCAGUGGAGCGGGAGGACCCCCUCAGCCGCAGCCGCCACAAGGCGCCCCCCAGCCCCCGUCAUCCCAGACUCUGCUCCAGCAGGCCCUGCAUCAGAGGUUGCUUCAACAGCAGCACCUGGCCGGGGGUUCUCCGGGCCAGCACAGCAGCCCCAUGAGCCCGCAGCAACAGAUGGCUCCGUCCCCUCACCUGCAGGGCGCGGCGCUGUCCGCGUCGCUCGGCAACCAGGUGCGCUCGCCCCAGCCCUCGCCACGACCCCAGUCGCAGCCGCCGCGCUCCAGUCCGUCUCCACGCAUGCAGCCCCUGCCUUCGCCGCACCAUAUCUCCCCGCAGACCCAGACGGGUUCCCCGCACCCGGGUCAGCUGGCCCAGCACCACCCCGGCAUGGUGGUCCCCUCUCAACAGACGCCCCAGCAGCAGAACUCGAUGGACCAGUUUGGGUCAGACCAGAGCGCCAUGCUGUCCCAGCUCAGUGGGAUGGGCGGUCUCCACGGGCCUGGAGGACCUGACAUGCUGUCUGGUAACAGCCAGGACCUCGGGCAGAACAUGAAUCACAACACGUUGGACAUCAUGUAGCCUCGAUGCGCUUUCAGGACUGCAGUCUGGACGGUGUUAGCUUUUCUUUUUUUUUUUUCUUUUUUUUUUUUUUUUAUUUAAAAUGUUUUCAAUAAAAAAUACAUUGAACUGAACUUCCUAUGGGAGAAAUCAAACAUGUUGAUGAAUGAAUGGUAAGUUAUUGCUGUUAAUAUAUUUUUUUGCCAAUUGUGUACAAAGAGGGAGAUUAUAUCUCCCUUAGUGAAUGCAACGCAGGUAAUAUUUGUUGGGUUAGGACUAUGGGAGUAUUUGCCUUUUUUUUUAAUUUGAAAAUUGUACAUUUUAAGAGCAAGUGAUUUAAUGCAAUGGACUUUUUUUAUUGUUUUUUUCUCUUAUCAGUUUUGCAGAGUCAUGUGGAUUAUUGUUAUUGUUGUUAUUACGAAUCCAAGCAUCAUGCAUAUCUACCUUUUUAAAAGUUUGGGUUUGCUUUACUUUAUUUAUUUUAGUCAUGACGGUUUGUUGGUAUGUACCCUGAGACUGCUACAAUUCACAUAGAAUAUAUUUUUGUUAUUGACUGUUGAAAUGGGGGUGGGGUUAUUUCAGUUAUGUCUGGGGUGAGCUUUCAGUCUGGUAUGAAAUGAGUGUUGGUGGUUGAGGGAUAGCUGUAGGUUUCAGUUGACAAUGGAUAGUAAACUUGAAAUGCCUAACCAUUUGACAUCAAUACCGGUAGGGCAGUCCCUCACAAACAUGCCCUCGCCCUCCAAUAUUCCCUCUGUAAGUUGCUUUGUGUUGGAGGUGAGGAAACAUACUGUAACUGUGUGCCUAUAACGAUUAAAGCACAUGAUGUGACGGGGGGGGGGGCGCGUCUGCCAGUGCCUGGGAAGUUACUGUUCUGAAAAGCGGCGCGAUUGGAUCCUAAUGAACUGAGGAGGGGGAGACGUGACUAUCUCUCUGAAUCGCCUUUACCUUUCCCCCCUGGUCUUAACCCCAGCAGUUUAAGACAAAUGCACUGGUCCCCUUUACCCCAACUCUCUCUUGCUCCAGAAUACUGGCUGUCCCUUCUCCCAACUGCACCUAACCCCACCCCCGCAAUUUAUCUUUCUGCUCAGAACUUUGGGAGUUUAAUUUAAUAUUUUUUACUGUACAAAGAAACUGUGGACUAAAAUACUGUUUUUGAUAAUAAAACGAAAAUGACAAAUAA